GGUUCAGUUCAUUGAUUAGUUAUUAUUUCCUCUAAGAUGGUUUCAACUGGAUCUAAACCACAUGCAGUAUGCCUACCAUUCCCAUCACAAGGCCAUGUUAACCCCAUGAUGCAACUGGCUAAGCUCUUGCAUUCAAGAGGCUUCCAUAUAACCUUUGUCAACUCCGAGUUCAACCAUAGACGAUUGAUCCGGUCUAGAGGGGUAGAAGCCGUUAAGGGUCUGCCGAAUUUCCAAUUCGAAACCAUCCCCGAUGGGCUGCCACCUUCUGAUGCCGAUGCAACUCAGCCUGUUCCUCUAAUAUGUGAUUCCACACGAAGAACUUGUUUCACACCAUUCUUGGAACUACUCUCUAAGUUGAAUUCCUCACCCCAAGUGUCGCCUGUUAUUUGCGUAGUUUCUGAUGGAAUCAUGAACUGUGGAACCAAGGCUGCUCAAGUCAUCGGGGUGCCUUAUGUUCAACUCUGGACUUCUUCCACUAUUAGCUUUAUGGGAUAUCUUCAAUACAAAGAACUUGUUCAAACAGGCAUUGUUCCAUUCAAAGAUGAGAACUUUGUUAGCGAUGGGACACUUGAGAAGCCGAUUGAUAUCCCCGGUAUGCCUAAUAUGCGCUACAAGGAUAUGCCGAGCUUAAUAAGAACAACCGAUCCCAAAGACAUCAUGUUGAAUUUCUGCAUGGAAGUAUCGCAAGAAUGCUUAGAAUUUUCUUCAAUAAUCUUCAACACAUUCGAUGAGAUCGACAAAGAAGUGCUGCAAGUUCUUGCGGACAGAACCUCAAAUAUUUAUGCAAUUGGUCCACUUGCCUCGCUCUGUAGGAACAUUAACAUACCCAAAAUCCAACACGACUCGCUAAAUUCAAGCAUAUGGAAGGAAGACACAAGCUGCAUCGAAUGGCUUAACACAAUGGAGCCUAACUCGGUUUUGUAUGUGAAUUAUGGGAGUGUAACAGUAUGUCAUCUAAAAGAUUUGCUUGGGGACUUGCAAACAGUAAGUACCCGUUUUUAUGUAUAGUGAGACCCGAUGUCGUAAUGGGUGAAUCAGAUGUUUUGCCAACAGAAUUCAUGGAGGAAAUAAAAGGAAGGGGCUUCAUCACUGUUGG